GUGGAGUGGAGUCGUCACUAUACUCGGGCUUCAUACCGUACGUGACUUUUGUCCAGCCACUGCAGCACCGCGGACAGCUCCGCCAACCACACCGAUUUUCCGCUCCCCAAAAUUUUGCACGGGAUCGACCAGAGGAGACGACUUUUUUUCUCAUUUCAGCUGAAAACAAAGGAUUUUUAUUGUGCUGAGCAUCUGGCUAUGAUCUCAGCAUACAAAGUGGUCGCUCCAGUAGGCAAAGCUCGCCGGGAAUAGCAGGUGCAAGCACCGCGGCAUGCCGGCGACGCAUUCCCCGGCCCGGCUCGACUUUUGGAAGGAUGCGCGCGCCGGCGGGCCGACGGGAUGCAGAUGUUUGUCGCUGCCGCCGAACAUUGCGAAGGAGGAGAGCUUCCCGCCGUUGAUCGUCUCUGACCCGUCCAAAUAAUUCUGCCCAAGGAGGUCAGAGUGGGAUUUUUUCCCCUUUCCUCGCUCUCUCCCAUGCGGCUUAUUUAAAAAAAAAAAUCUGGGCAAGUCCCCCUCCCUCUCCAGCAUGUCCUUGGCGUUCUGCGGGAGCGAGAAUAACUCGGCGGCCUACAACGUGGACGGGGGCGUUCUUAACAAUGGCUGCUUCCUGGACGCGCUCAACUUGGUGCCCCACGUCUUCCUCCUUUUCAUCACCUUCCCCAUCCUCUUCAUCGGUUGGGGAAGUCAGAGCUCCAAAGUCCACAUCCAUCACAGUACGUGGCUCCACUUUCCCGGGCACGACCUGCGCUGGCUACUCACCUUCGUGCUGCUCUUCAUCCUGGUCUGCGAAAUCGCCGAAGGCGUGGUCUCCGACGGGUUCAGCCGAUCCUACCACCUUCACCUGUACAUGCCGGCGGGUCUGGCUUUCAUGGCCGGCAUCACCUCCAUCAUCUACUACCAUAAUAUCGAGACCUCCAAUUUCCCCAAAUUACUAUUAGCCCUCCUGAUCUACUGGCUUUUGGCCUUCAUCAUGAAGACCGUCAAGUUCGCCAAAUACACGCAGCACGGUAUCGGCCCCGGGCAGCUGCGCUACUGCAUCACGUGCUUGCUGGUGCUGCUCUACGGACUCCUGCUGGCCGUGGAGAUCAAUGUCAUCCUGGGCAGGCGCUACAUGUGUUUCGCCAAGCCCACCGAAGUCAAGCCCCCCGAGGACCUGCAGGAUCUGGGCGUGCGUUUUCUCCAGCCCUUCGUCAACCUGCUGUCCAAAGCCACCUACUGGUGGAUGAACACCUUCAUCACCUCGGCUCACCGGCGACCCAUCGACCUCAAAGUCAUCGGGAAGCUGCCCAUCGCCAUGAGGGCCCUCACCAACUACGAGAAGCUCCGCAAAGCUUUCCAGGAGCAGAAGCGAGCUGAGGGCCCGUCGCCGCAGGGCCCCAAGUGGAUCUGGCAGGCGUUGAGGAAAGCCUUCGGGCGACCGCUGGUCCUCAGCAUCACCUUCCGUUUCCUGGCCGACCUGCUGGGCUUCGCCGGUCCGCUCUGCGUCUCGGGCAUCGUCCAUCACAUCAGCAAGGACAACCGCACCAGCCAGCAACCGGCGCGGUUGCUGGGUCUCUACUUCCUUUCUUCUAAGGAGUUUCUGGAGAACGCGUACGUGUUGGCCGUCCUGCUCUUCUUCGCGCUCCUCCUGCAAAGAACCUUCCUGCAGGCUUCUUACUACGUGGCCAUCGAGACCGGGAUCAAGCUCCGCGGCGCCAUUCAGACCAAAAUCUACAACAAGAUCAUGCGCUUGUGCACGUCCAACAUGUCCAUGGGCGAGCUGACCGUGGCGCAGAUUUGCAACCUGGUGGCCAUAGAUACCAACCAGCUCAUGUGGUUCUUCUUCCUCUGCCCUAACUUGUGGGCCAUGCCCGUACAGAUUGUGGUGGGAGUGAUCCUGCUGUAUUACCUCUUGGGAAUCAGUGCCUUGAUCGGAGCCACCGUGAUUGCCGUGCUGGCCCCGGUUCAGUAUUUUGUUGCCACCAAGCUGUCGCAGACCCAGAAGGGCACUCUGGAAUAUUCCAGCGAGCGGCUGAAGAAGACCAACGAAUUGCUGCGAGGCAUCAAAUUACUCAAACUGUACGCGUGGGAGCGCAUCUUCUGCGACAGCGUGGAGGAAACCCGGGGCAAGGAACUCACCAGCCUGCAGGCCUUUGCGCUUUACACGUCCAUAUCCAUCUUCAUGAAUGCGGCUAUUCCCAUCGCGGCCGUCUUGACGACAUUUGUGGUUCACGUGCACAUCUCGGAGGAUGCCGAUUUGUCUCCGGCCGUGGCCUUCGCCUCCCUCUCUCUCUUUCACAUCCUGGUCACGCCGCUCUUCCUGCUCUCCAGCGUGGUGCGCUCCACCGUCAAAGCUCUUGUCAGUGUUCAAAAGCUGAGCGAGUUUUUCUCAAGUGAUGAGAUCGGAGACGAGCUGGAGCCUCGACCCGCGGCGACCUCGGUCUCCAACAACCAUAACCAAAAUCGCUACCAGGCAGUGCCACUAAAAGUGGUGAACAGGAAGCGUCCCCCGAGAGACGACUGGAAUAACUAUGGCUUACAAGGGGAGCGCCAGGGUGACGGACCCCCGCCGAUCGUGGACCAAGAUGUUUGUAUCAAGAUUUGCAACGGUUACUUCACCUGGACAGAUGGACCACCCACACUUGCCAACGUGGACAUUAUGAUCCCCUUCGGCAAGCUGACCAUGAUUGUGGGCCAAGUGGGUUGCGGGAAAUCCUCCUUGUUGCUGGCAGCCCUGGGCGAGAUGCAACGCACAUCGGGGACUGUCACCUGGAACAGUCUGCCCAGUUUGGAGUCAGAAGGCGACGAAAGUCCCACCGACAGAGACACAGCCGGUGAUGGUGAUAUCAGGAAGAGAUGCGCGGUGGCCUACGCGUCCCAGAAGCCUUGGCUGCUGAACGCCACCGUCGUGGAGAACAUCACCUUCGAGAUGCCCUUGAUUAAGAGCAGAUACAAAACGGUGAUCGAGGCCUGCUCUCUCCAGCCCGACAUCGACAUCCUCCCGCAGGGAGACCAGACCCAAAUCGGGGAGCGGGGUGUCAUCCUCUCCGGAGGGCAGAAGCAGAGGAUCAGCGUGGCAAGAGCUUUGUAUCAGCAGACCAACGUCGUCUUUCUGGACGACCCAUUCUCUGCCUUAGACAUUCACUUGAGCGACCAUCUGAUGCAGGACGGUAUCCUCAAAAUGCUGAGAGAGGAGAAAAGGACCGUCGUGUUGGUCACGCACAAAUUACAAUACCUGCUGCAUGCCGACUGGAUUAUUGCAAUGAAAGAUGGCAGCAUUCAAACCGAAGGCACGUUAAAGGACAUUCAAAAAUGCGAACCGGAACUCUUUGACCAAUGGAAGACGUUGAUGCACCGGCAGGACCAAGAGUUUGAAACGGAAACAGUAGCAUCAAGCAUGACCGAUUUGGAGAGGAAAAACCUGCGUAGGGCAAUGUAUUCCAGAGAGGCCGCCAAGACAGAGGAGGAUGAGGAAGAAGAGUCGUUGGAGAGUGACGAUGAGGACAGCCUGUCGCAGGUAAUGCGCCAGCGAGCCACCAUCCCCUGGCGCUCCUGCGGCACCUACCUGUCCUCGGCCGGGAUCCUCCUUCUCACCCUGCUCCUCCUGUCGCAGCUCCUAAAGCACACGCUCAUGGUGUCCAUCGACUACUGGCUGGCGCACUGGACUUCGCGCGUCAUUGCCGCCAAGUCGGACGCCAACGCGCGCAAUUGUACGCUUGUUCAGGACUGCGGUUUCAGCCACCGGCGCUAUCUGUCGGUGUUCAGCGUCUUGUGCUGCCUCGGCAUUAUUCUGUGUUUAGCCACUUCGGUGGCGGUGGAGUGGACCGGCCUCAGCGUGGCCAAGGAGCUUCACCAGAACCUCCUCAACAAGAUCACCUUGGCCCCCAUGAGAUUAUUUGAGACCACGCCACUGGGCAGCAUCCUCAACCGCUUCUCCACCGAUACCAACACCAUCGACCAGCACAUCCCGACCACACUGGAGUGUCUGUCUCGCUCCACCUUGCUGUGCGUGUCGGCCCUGGGGGUGAUUUCCUACGUCACCCCUGUCUUCCUGGUGGCGCUCCUGCCGCUGGCUGUCACUUGCUACUUCAUCCAGAAAUACUUUCGGGUGGCUUCCAGAGACCUGCAGCAACUUGAAGACAGCACCCAACUCCCUUUGCUCUCCCACUUCUCCGAAACGGUGGAGGGACUCACCACCAUUCGAGCCCUCAGGUACGAGCCCCGGUUCCGACAGAGGUUACUUCAGUUCACCGACGCCAACAACAUCGCCUCGCUCUUCCUCACCGCGGCCAAUCGCUGGCUGGAGGUCCGCAUGGAAUAUAUCGGGACAUGCGUGGUGUUGGUCGCCGCCGUUGCUUCCAUCAGCAAUUCGCUCUACGAUCAGCUGUCUCCUGGAUUGGUGGGGCUGGGCCUCACUUAUGCACUCAUGGUGUCCAACUACCUGAACUGGAUGGUGCGUAACCUGGCAGACAUGGAAGUCCAGUUGGGAUCCGUCAAGAGAAUCAACGGGCUGCUGAAAACAGAACCGGAGAAUUACGAGGGUUUGCUCAGCCCGUCUCAGGUCCCCGAGGGCUGGCCCCGACACGGCGAGAUUCAGAUCCAGAACCUGAGCGUGCGUUACGACACCACGCUUAAACCCGUGCUGAAAAACGUCCACGCGCACAUCAGUCCGGGACAGAAGGUGGGGAUCUGUGGUCGUACGGGAAGUGGCAAAUCUUCCUUCUCCCUGGCCUUUUUUCGCAUGGUGGACAUGUUUGAAGGGAGGAUCGUAAUCGACCACAUCGAUAUCGCCAAAUUGCCUCUUCAGACGCUGCGCUCUCGCCUCUCCAUCAUCCUGCAAGACCCCAUCCUCUUCAGCGGAACCAUCCGGUUUAACCUGGACCCAGAAAUGAAAGCCACGGACGAGAUGCUUUGGGAAGCUUUGGAGAUUGCUCAACUCAAGCCCGUGGUCAAAUCGCUACCAGGCGGACUAGACGCCAACGUGACGGAAGGAGGAGAAAACUUCAGCCAGGGUCAGCGUCAGCUCUUCUGCUUGGCUCGCGCCUUCGUCAGGAAGAGCAGCAUCCUCAUCAUGGACGAAGCCACGGCAUCCAUCGACAUGGCCACGGAGAGCAUCUUGCAGAAAGUGGUGAUGACGGCGUUCGCCGACAGGACGGUGGUCACCAUAGCGCACCGCGUCCACACCAUCUUAAACGCCGAUUCUGUGAUCGUGAUGAAGCGGGGGCUGAUCCUGGAGCACGACCGACCGGGAGCGCUGCUGGACAAGCCGGACAGCGUCUUCGCCUCCUUCGUGCAAGCCGACAAGUAGCACAGACAGGAAGACGUCGCCGACAAAAUAAAGACAUUCAAAGUGCAAUUGAUCGUCGGGAUAUUUACAUUAAUUUUUUAUUCAUAUUGUAUAAUAAUAUGUAACAAUGUGAAAUGCUUGUUAAUAAAAGACAUAUGAUGGUACUGUAUAUGAAGUUUAGAUUGCCCUCUGUUGGAUUCCGUUGACAUGUAUAAAUGUCCAAUCCAAUUGGAACUGGGUCCAAUUACAUGUUUAUUU